CCGACGCACACGCGCCUCAGUCCGCUACGCCGAGCAACGCCGGCCCUUAGCGGCCAGGAGCCCUGAACGGCGCUUCCACACACCCGGACAUCCCAGCAGAUACAACAGCGCCAGCGCCGGCGUUCGCACACAAGGCUCUGCGGACUAAAGAGAUGGAAAUCGUGCCCGAGGGGAAAAACUUCCGAUUGGUAAGCGAAGAAGAGCUCCCAGCGGUGGCCGAUAUCUUAGUGCAGUACUUUCCAGAAUCUCUAAAGUUCCAUCAGACGAUUCAAACAUAUCUAAACAACAAGGUGUGGGACUUCCAUUUUUAUGUAGCGAAAAAUUGGCCGGAGGAUCCAAUCUGUCUACAUUUUCCUGGAUGCACCAGUACGCCCAACAGUCACCCAUACGAGAGCGUGACGAUAUUCUGUCCUUCGGAGCGUGCUGAACUAGUCGACUUGCUGACGUCCGAAGACAUUCUAUUAGAUCUCACUCAACCAUUGUACCUGAACUUCACUCACGAGGCAAUCGUGAACCGCUUGGAGAAGCGCUAUGAGGCUCAAGAUAAGAUCACUGGAGAUGUCUACGUAUGCGAGAAACCACCAGAAGAAAUUUCGGAGGAAUUGCCAUCGGACGUGGAGUUAGUUCGCCUUCGUCAAGAACACAUGAAGGCAGUGCACGAUCUGUAUCCGGCAAGCGACAUCGAGUGUCGUGAAGUGUUUGAGAAGCUGGUCGUCGAACUGCCUGCGUACGGCAUCUUCGUCGAGGAUCAACUUGCCGCUUGGAUGGUGCAGUCCUACUAUGGAGCCAUGUUCUCUAUGCAAACGAGACCCGAGUUUCGUAGGAAAGGCUAUGGGAUCUUUUUAGCGAGGCGGCUCACCAAGGAGGUAGCUAGCAGAGGCUACAAGCCAUUCGUAGUGAUUCGUCCGGAAAAUGACGCGUCGCGUUCGCUCUACUCUAAGCUCGGCUUCGAGAAACGUUUCCGAACGGUGCGCGCCGUUUUGCGCCCUCGCUAACUCGUUAACGUUGAUCACUAGCAGAUUUUAUUUUUUUAAGACUUUUGAAAAAAUCAAUUUAGCUUGCGAUCAUUGAUCGCUUAGAAAAUUUUAGUAGUAGCCAUAAGAUGGAGCGACUAGUGCUUUCAGAUUAUGUAGAAUUCCGAUUUUCGUAAUGUAAAAACUGUGGCUCCAAUAAAAAAGGAACUAACCGAAGUAACAAAUUUACUUCCAUUUGUUUUUGAGAUUUUAGAUGAAACUGCCAAAAACAAUUUUGUAAACAUAAAAACAUCAGAAUUUAUGGAGCACGGUUCUUUACAGUCUAUUCUUGCGGCACUAUACCAUGGCACUAUUCGGAGCUUACAAUAUGUAAUUAUUUAUGUUUAUACCUAGUACAUUACAUUACAAACAAUAUAAAAAUUACAAAUGAUUAACGUAAAUAUUAUUUUCAUUCAUUUAUGCGUUGUAAAAGUUUGUGGAACCUUGUAUGAUGAAAACAAUGUUAACAGUUUUUUAAUUCUUUAAUGAGGCAUUUAAGGUUAAUUUUUAUCAGGUGAUCACAAAAUACACACUGCUCUAAGUCUCUAAAAUACUCUAAAUUGACAGUUUUAUUGACAUGUGAAUGUGUGUGAUUCCUUUUCCACAGAAUAAAUUAUGAAUAGAUAACACUGCUUUAAAACUGUCAAUAUAGUUUUGUGGACAACUGCAUUAUAAGCACGAUAAUAAUUAUAGGCCCUGCACUAAUAUGGUUUCUACAACAAUAAAGUACCUACAUCUUUGUUGUGUCGCAAAUGCAAAUAUUUACAAAAUGUUAAGACCGACUGACCAUUGACCGACGUCAAAAGUGUCACUAUGCAGUGCCGCAAGUGCAGUUUGGUAUAACACAUAUAACAACCAAAAUGAAAGUAUAGUCGCUCGCUGCGUUUUAGCGCCUAGUUACCGAUCUCAUUGAUGCUGUCCCUGUCAAGAAUUGUCCACCUUCUCAAAUUAUUAACGGCUUCGUUUUACAUUGUAUCGUACUAUGGAUAACACAUAUACAAAAUAACACAUUGUAACGCUCAACUCUGUUUAUUUAAUUUUAGAGGAUUAAGUUAAUCGAUCGGUAGACAUUAAAGGUACAACUUCUUGACAGAGUUGUCAUCAAAUAUCUCAUUUAGGCGAACGCUUCAUUACCACUCGUUGACCGAGCGGAACUGUUCUGUCUCAUGGUUUAUGAAAUUUGGGACCCGUUUUGAUCUGUGUGAUAGCUUAAGCGUACUUUAUUAACGUGUCACGGGAAUCGUACACGUGUGGAAACUACGUUAGUAUAAAAAGCAGCAUGAGAAAGAUAGUUACCGACUUAGCACUCGAGUUGCACAAUUCUUCAAAAGAUUUAAGCACCAUUAUUGUUCAUCUGACGCUAGGAAAUACGGUUCAAAAAAAAAAAAGUUUAAGCUUUAAUUUUAUGACAUUCAAUUAGUUUUAUUUUCGACAUAGAAUCAGGUGGAACUAUUAUAUGUACAAUUUUCAUUGUAGUAUGUAUUGAUAGAUUUUUAUAAACAUCUUAAUACGGGCAAAGUUUUUAUUUAUUUUAUACUUUUUUGAUACGAGGAACGAUAUAAAAAGGCUGGAAGAAGUAUUGAAAGGUAUAGUGAAGUGCAUUUUAUAGUUAGUGGUUCAUAAAAUAGUGCUAAUUUUGUUGUACCCAAAUCUUUAAAGCACACUCAAUUGCCAGCGUCGAAAACUGUGCUAUUCUUCUCACAAUGUUCCUUGUGGGCAAGAAUCGUGUGUUUUGGACAUGUCAAAUUAGUUAAUUUUAGAGAUUCGAGUAUAACUAUAUUGCCGCCUAUGUCAGAUGAGAUGCGUGACCAGUUUUGGUUUUAUUACUAUAACUUUUGUAGGGAAUAUGUUUUUAUAAAACAAAACAUUAUUGAUGAAUAUCGCAAAGAUACCAAUAAAAAUUUGAUACGAAAUGUAGAUAGGUAGGUAUUUUAAAAUGGGAAACUAUUUUACAAUUAUAUAUCGGCGUAGUUUAUUCGUAAUGUUUGUAUUCAAUAUAUACCAGAGAAUGUUAAAUAUAUUGAUUUAGUCAUCGAUUUCUUUUUACUCUUAUACUUAUAGUUUUUAGUUACUGAGUACUUUUGUAUUAGUGUGUACGCUUAAUUUAUCUUAUAUUUACGUGGAUUUGUCUUCCUAAAGACUGUGUAUAGUUAACAACAAAAGAAAGGCAUGGGUAAAAUGCAGGCAAGUAUGAUGUACGUACCUACGUGAAAUUAAUAAAUAUGUUAUAACCUGAGUAAAAAUUUAAAAAUAAAAUUGAUACUAAUAAAGAAUUAUUAUGU